AUGGGGCCGGGAGAUGAUGCAUUGCAUGGGGACAGCAAGGCAGGAGCACCAGCAGGCUCAGCGGUGCGCGAGAACGAGGGGGGCGAGCAGCAGGCGUGCGAGGGCAGGGGGCUGUCUCUGGAGCAGUUUGAGGUGGUGCUGCGGCGAGUGGAGGGGCAGAUGAAGACCCUGCCACGGCACGGCACUGGUGGCGGCGCAACAGGGGCAGUACGUGGCGCGCUGCUUUAA